CACCCACUUCCACUCACGCCGGCACCGGCUUCAGUCUGUCACUGUCACUGGACGAACAACCGCUGUCACUAUAUCACCACCAACUUUCCUCUAUAGUUGAGUAUUUUCCCAGAGGAAACCCUUCAGACAUGUGGAUGACCAGGCUUGGCCGUCGUGCCCUUCCUGCCCUGAAGCCGAGCUCCUCUGUCCCGGCCUUUCACCCUCUGAGGCCCUGUUGGAAACCGGGGCAGGGUUCAGGUCCGCCGGGCUCUGGUCUGACUUCAGUUCAGCUUCGUGGACAGCAGACGCUGGGCUCGGCAUCCCUUCCUUUGACUCGUCACGCUGUGAGGUUCGUCAGGGCCCAACAUGAGGACCGGCUGGUGGAGGUGGAGUGGGAGGACGGGGGUCAGAGCCUGUACCCGUUCACCUGGCUGAGAGACAACUGCCAGUGUCCGCUGUGUACGCUGGAGUCCGCCCAGGCUCGCAAACUGCUGAUGGCCGAUCUGGACGUCAACACUGGACUGGACGUAGUGGAGGUUACCAACGACAACAAGGUGUCCAUCAUGUGGCCUGACCAACACACCAGUGUGUUUGAUGCCGAGUGGCUGAAGAAACGCUGUUUCUCUUCUGCCGCCAGACGAGCUUUUCAAGAAGAGCUUUUCCUCAAUGAGCGUUAUUACUGGGACUCCACACUGCGAAUUCCCACAGCAGAUUUCCAGGAAAUACUCCAUGACGAUAAGGCGGCUCUAGCUUGGCUCCUGGCCCUACGGCGUGUUGGUGUUGUCUACCUGAAGGGGGCGCCGGCACAACCAGGACAAGUGGCCAAACUUGCCGAGCGGAUUGGAUAUCUGAGGCUGACGUUCUACGGGCAUACGUGGCAGGUACAGGACAAACCCAUGGCCAACAACGUGGCCUACACCUCAGGAAAGUGCAGUUUCCACACAGACUACCCUGCACUGCACUUCACACCUGGAGUGCAGUUUCUGCACUGCAUCAACCAAGCGGCAGUGGGAGGGGAGAGCACGCUGGUGGACGGUUUUCACAUGGCCGCAAAGCUGAAGAGAGAAGACCCCGAGGCCUUCCGUACUCUGACCACGCUCGGCAUCGACUUCACCGACACAGGGACAGACUACUGUGACUUCAUGCUGCAGGCCAAGCAGCGCAUUAUCGAUGUCGACGCUGAAGGUCAGCCUCUGAGGGUCAACUACAACAACGCCACCAGGGACUCGGUUCUGGACCUGCCCGUGCACCAGGUCCAGCCCUUCUACAGAGCCCUGAGGGCCUUUGUGGACCUCAUGGACCGGCCGGAGAAUGUGGUCUCGUACCGGAUGGAACCGGGUGACAUCGUGACCUUCGAUAACUGGCGUCUGCUGCACGGCCGGGCCGGCUUCCUCAGUGACCCGCAGAAGCUGCGGCACCUGGAAGGCGCCUACCUGGACUGGGACGAGGUCAUGAGCCGCCUCAGGAUCCUGCGCGGCUCGGUCCAGCACGACGAGUGAGACCGGCGAACGGCCAAAGGUCACCGCAUGCUCUUAAUGACGGUAAAGCGUGUUCAGAACACCAGAGCGAAGCGAAACGGUGCUUUUACAAAGUUUGGACGACAGCGGCAAAGUGCCAAACUGUGGACAUGUGUGAUCCUAGAUCAUCUGUUAAAUGUGUGAUUGUGAUGUGCUCAAGCCAACGAUGCCUUUAUCAGGUUUUAAUGAAGACAUUUGAAACAUACAAUGCAACGCAGACACGACUGGUAAAGGAAAAGCUGAAAGCGUUCAAAUUCAGGGCAGUUUGGAACCGGUCAGUCACACUGACCGGUGACAAAUGAGCUUUUAUUUAGGAAAGGUUUGUGUUAGAGGAGGUUUCAUGUGUUCAUCUGUUGAUGCCAAGUUUUGUAAAGUGAUCAUUCCCAGUUGAAACCUUUUGUUGUAGUUCUACCUCGGCCGUCCCGGUGCCUGCGUUGGAGUGGCUGCCCGGCCUUAACCUCCAUCAUGAAUUCACAGCCUUUAACUCGUCCUCAUUGGACAGAUAAAUACGAAUGACAGUGAAACAGUUCAAAUUCAGCAAACUCAUGAAAUCAGAUCAUGGACUGGUUCUGUCCCAGUAGGAUGGUCUGGUUCUGUCCCAGUAGGAUGGUCUGGUUCUG